GACUUAAGUGAAUUGAGUAAUUCGUUCAGUGAACUAUUGUACUAAGGAACUGAAGAGUGAUUAUUUCGUUGAACUUCUUCGUUUGUGAAACGUUUGCGCAAGGAACGACGUAGCUACGCAGUGAACGUACUCAUGAGUGAUUUUAACCAUGACAAUAACAGUAAGGUGAGUGAGCAGAAAGCCCGGCUGGCGGGGGGCUGGUGUCAGCGACGUUCCACCACGGUGGAAUGCAGAAAGGUCACGCCGGCUGGCGAGAGCCGAUCUGGACGUCAGGGGACGCGGAAGGAUGGUCGGUAGCUGAGCUCGCGAGUCACAACCGAAGCCGGGUGUUCGAGAGCUUGCUGAGAGAGAGAGAGCGCGAGGGAGGUGUAGGAAUGUGUGAGAGAAAAUCGCACCAUUAGGGCCCCCCUAACAGAGAGGAAAGCAUGGGCUGCUGGGCCGAGCUGAAGUCCUCCGACUGGGGUUUUCCUACCGCAGUCCUGUCACUCUAUGGGUUUUUUGCCAACUGCAGAAUUGCAGAGCCUUUUCUCACGCCAUACUUAAUUGGACCUUAUAAGAACAUCUCAGAAGAAGUGGUGACCAACUAUCUCUAUCCCAUAUGGACAUACUCCUACCUGGCCUUCCUUUUCCCCGUUUUCCUGCUCACCGACUUCCUGAGGCACAAACCACUGAUUGUGGUGCAGGGGCUCUUCCUGGUCUCCAACUAUGUCCUACUCUGCUUUGCCCCUGGACUGCUUGCCAUGGUCUUCCUUGAGAUUCAUUAUGCUGUUGUGACUGCCACGGAGGUGGCCUACUUUUCUUACAUUUACAGCGUGAUUUCCCUUGAGAAUUACCAAAGAGCCACUGGUUACCUUCGCAGUGCCAUGCUUUUCGGCUACACAUUUGGUGCCGGGCUGGGACAAGUUCUCGUCUCUUUAGCAGGUUUGGACUACUUCGACAUCAAUGCCAUCACUCUGGGCACUACAAGCGUGGCUUUUCUCAUCUCUUUCUGGUUGCCGAGGCCUCGGAGGAGCAUGUUCUUCAAAGGGAGGAAGACCGUAGCUUGGGUCCGACAGUCCCAGCGGGAGCUGCCCGGGAGAACGGACAGACCUGAUGAAACGGUGUCGGAUGAGGAGGAAGCUAGCCCCGGGAAACACAAGAUGGAGCGUCAUGGCAACGCUGGCUGGUGCAGCAGGAAAAAUGUGUUCAGUGCGGGUCAUUUACUGUGGCAAAGCUUCAGGGAGUCCUACUCGUCAAGACAUUUGAUCUAUUGGUCCCUGUGGUGGGCUCUGGCCACGGCUGGAUAUAUGCAAAUACUCAACUAUAUCCAACUAAUGUGGGACCACCUUGCGCCAUCUGCCACGUCUUCGGUUUACAAUGGUGGUGUAGAAGCUGCAUGCUCACUUGUUGGUGCUGCAGCAGCUUUCUCAGUGGGUUACAUCAAGGUGAACUGGUCUGUGUGGGGAGAGCUGGCAUUAGGUUUGUUUUCAGCCAUCGGUACCGGCGCUGUGUUCCUGAUUGUGCUCACCAGCAAUAUUUGGGCCUGCUAUGCUGGCUAUGCCCUGUUUAAAUCAUGCUACAUGCUGCUCAUCACCAUCACAACAUUUCAGAUUGCCGUCAAUCUCUCCAUGGAGUGCUACGCUCUGACGUUCGGCAUCAACACAUUUGUGGCCCUCUCCCUGCAGACCAUUAUGACACUUAUUUUUGUUGAUGGAGCUACAUUAGGACUGGACAUUGUGACACAGUUCAUCAUUUACGGGGCCUACCAUGCUGUCAUCUCCGUGCUCUUUUUGAUUCGAGGGACCUACACUGCUUGUACAAAGCGACACACUCCAGAGCCGCCAGAUAACAAGCAAAAGGAGUCAGUCGGAGAACACGUGGAGGUCAUCCAUGAGGAACCGUUCUGACCAAGGUCAAGCAAAAUCCAACUUGAAUGAGUCAUUAUUAUAGUAUUAUUUUAUUUUUUUAACAUGAAAAGCUUUGCUGUGCACUGUAAAGAAAUGAACACUGCAUAACUUAAUAUUUUAACUUUGACUAAAUAAAUGAUUCACUUAGUA